UGUACGUCGUAACUGACUGAACGUUGAUGCAACACGCGAAAAAGCUCGCCUUCCAUCUCCUUCACCGUGACUUUUUUUUGUGCUUUGAGUUCUGUUGCCGCCCCUACGUACUCAGUGACGCGACUUGCAGCUUCUCUGCUUUCUCGCAGUUCAAGUUAAGCAUGAGGUAGACUUCCUACGACUCUCUCCUCGACAAUAUGGAGGCUCUUCUCCCUCGAUUGACCCGGCCUGCCCGAUACCCUAUCCGGGUACAUCAGCUUCCUCGAUACGGCAAGCCUUCGCAUUCGUUUCAAUGCGCUUUUCAAGCAUUCCCACGGUCUACGAAGCCUUUGUCGACGCUGUCACAGCAUUCCAAAACCGCGUUUAGAGCUCCGCGGUUUGUUGCUACUCAGAUCCCGGCGCGCUUCGUUCGGCGAGCGGCUCCCGGUACUCUGCGACUGAUCUCGACGAAAGAACUGCCCAACGAUCGUGGUCCUAUUGCACGUUUCUUCUACCGCUUAUUUGCUUACACUGGAAUAUUCAUCAUCGGCUGCGGUGCCCUGGUUGUGGCAUUCUUUAUCUACGAUGCCUCGACGUACAAAGAAACACCCGAGGCAGUAGGCGACGUCCCCGUGUCGGAGGCGGCCCUUUCCCCGAGAAGAGGAGGUCCCAAGAAUCUGCCUAUCGCCGAAAUUCUGGUCGACGAUGAGGACAGUGAGGAGAUGCGAGAGCAAAAGCACAAGCCAAAACUGGUCAUCUUGGGUACCGGUUGGGGCAGCGUCGCCAUGCUCAAAGAAUUGAACCCCGGCGACUACCAUGUCACCGUGGUUUCGCCGGAGAACUACUUUCUCUUCACUCCCAUGCUGCCCUCUGCCACGGUCGGUACUCUGGAAUUGCGGUCCCUCGUCGAACCCGUCCGCCGUAUAGUCAACCGAUUGCGAGGCCACUUUCUCAGGGCUAGGGCUGUUGACGUCGAGUUUUCUGAGAAGUUGGUCGAAGUGGCUGAAAUCGACGCCAAUGGGCAAGAGCGGCAUUUCUAUCUUCCCUACGACAAAUUAGUCAUCGGUGUAGGAUCCACUACGAAUCCUCACGGCGUAAAAGGCUUGGAGAAUUGCAACUUCCUCAAGACUAUUGAAGAUGCUCGCUUAAUCAAGAAUAAGAUCCUGCAGAACCUGGAACUGGCUUGUCUCCCUACCACUAACGACGAGGAAAGACGGAGACUGCUCUCUUUUGUCAUUAGCGGCGGUGGUCCCACGGGUGUUGAGUUCGCAGCAGAACUCUACGACAUGCUGAACGAGGAUCUUUUGAAAUCAUUCCCCAAGAUUCUGCGCAACGAGAUUUCGGUCCAUGUCAUUCAAUCCAGGGGACAUAUCCUCAACACUUAUGACGAGGCUUUGUCCAUCUACGCCGAGAAGCGGUUCGAACGUGACCACGUGGAGGUUCUGACCAACUCUCGAGUCAAGGAGGUCAAGCCGGACAGGAUCAUAUUCAGCCAGAUGGAAGAUGGAAAAGCCGUGACAAAGGAGCUUCCUAUGGGGUUCUGUCUAUGGUCCACCGGUGUUGCACAGACCGACCUGAGCAAAAAGAUUGCCCAAAAGCUGGGGGAUUUCCAGAAUAAUCGCCAUGCCCUGGAGACCGACAGUCACCUAAGGCUAAUCGGAGCGCCUCUUGGAGACGUGUACGCCAUUGGAGAUUGCGCCACGGUACAAAACAAUAUUGCCGACCACCUGACGACAUUCCUCCGCGGUAUCGCCUUUGAAAAAGGCAAAGACCCUGACAAGGUGCAGAUUACAUUCCAAGAUUGGCGCGGUCUGGCCCACAAGGUUCGCAAGCGGUUUCCGCAGGCUGCAGGCCACUUGAAGCGUCUUGACCGACUGUUCGAGGAGUACGACAAGGACAAAUCCGGUACAUUGGAUUUCGGCGAGCUCCACGAGCUGCUUGUUCAAAUCGACAGCAAACUGACCUCUCUACCUGCAACGGCGCAGAGAGCCAAUCAGCAAGGUCAAUACCUGGGACGCAAGUUCAACAAGAUUGCCGCGGCGAUCCCCGGGUUCCGGGCCAACGAAGUUGACUUCGGCGAUCUAGAUGAGGCCGUUUACAAGGCUUUUGAGUACCGUCACAUGGGCAGUCUGGCGUAUAUUGGCAAUGCGGCGAUUUUUGAUUUUGGAGGUUUGAACUUUAGCGGUGGCUUGCUGGCUGUGUAUCUUUGGCGAAGUAUUUACUUUGCCGAGAGCGUUAGUUUCAGGACGAGACUGCUCUUGGCCAUGGAUUGGAGUAAACGAGCUCUGUUUGGAAGAGAUCUCGUGAGUUUUUAAAUCUCCUCCGUCACCUUGCACGCAUGUUUCAGCGGGUCUCAAAGAAGACGUGCGACUAUAGACAUGUCCAACAUUCCAAUAACACUCCAGCGAAACGCUUCGUUUCAUCUAGAGGCCGUAUCGAAGGUUUACCCGGGCUGUGAGGCAAGAUCUCCGUCCGCUUGGGUCAAAGAAUUGAGAAAUGCUGUUCAGAGGAAUUCACAUACGAGUGUACGGAACGUGCGUGCAUAAAACCUGGGGUUGUCGAGUAGAAAUCUGGUCGACGUUUACUGGGGCCGUCCAUGGUUGUGGCGUGACCGCUGCGCAGAGCCAGGAAACCUUUUCUGAGGGCACAGAUCGUGCUUUUACGAUUUUGUUGAAAAUGACCUAAAGCUUGUCCUAUUAUGUUAUCUCCCGUCGUUUUGACAUGUUUGACUUCCUUACUCCAAGUUUAUUAGUGCUGUAUAUAGCGAUUUAAAAUGCCGUGCGUUGACUUUGGACGUGGUUGCAGAGGUUAGAUAUUAUAAAGUAGAUAUACAUAUAAUAAAAAGUAUAGACUAG